AUGCUAAUUAAUCGGAAGUCUAUAGACAAGAGUACUACCCCUAGAGAUGUAAGAUUCAUAUGAGUACAAACAUAAAAUUUGACCAUAAGAAUUUACAAUCACAUUUCGGCCAAAAUCGUGGUUUCCAAAAUAAAAAUGUACACUAACUUUUUAAAGUAUGAAAACUGUGAAUUCUUCAAUUUUUGACCUCUAAAAGCUGAAAUUCACUUUAAUUUUUCAAAAUUGUACUCGGGCCAACCACGGAUUGGUCGAGAUAUGGAUACAAUUUUUCAGAAUUCGGUCACUACGCAUAGAAAUGAAUGGUCAAUUGUGAAUUCAGCAGUUUAUAUAGCACUCGAUGCUCUAGUUAUAUUCUCUUCUAUAUUUUAUAUUUGUAUUCUGAUAAGUGUUCGAAGUAUCACAAGAUCUUCAAAUUUCAUGAAAACUCGUCCAGAAAAAGUGAUAAUUUAUCAAACAUUGAUUUUGAUAAUUGUAAAACUUUUGUUCAUUCCAUUAUUAAUUUGGUUGUUUUUUUAUGAUGAGGUUGGGUACGACGAUAGUUUUUAUGAGAUUAUAAAUACGGUAUGAUGUGCUAAACAGUCAAUUUUCUGAUUUCAAAUUUCAGAUCUACUACUCCUCCUUCUUUAUUGAUAUAUUAACAACUCCCAUCGUAUUUCAAAUCACAUAUAUUUUCUGCAACAAAACAAAUCUUGAAGUUUUGAAGAAAAUGAAUUUCAGAAAAUUGAAAACUUGGAGCAUUGUUUGUUGUGGAUACACUUCUUCAAAUAGUGUUGAUCAAAGUCAUAGUAAUUUGUAUAUUCUGAGUGAAGGUUCUACUAGAAAUUGA